AUGGAGUUUGAAAAGGCGUGGAAGGACAGGAACCCGCGGAAAGCCUACGCUUUAGUAAAACAGUAUAGCGGCAAAAUGAAAAGAAGUUCUCCUGUCCUUAACACUGCCAAUGGAGUAGCUGUCGGCGAAGCAACCCUUCCAUUUUGGAGGGACCACUUCAAGACCUUGCUGAACCAGCAAGCGCCGUCAGCUCCUGAACUCGAUCACGUUCAUAAACCGACAAAUGUAGUUAACGAGGAGCCACUGAGCGAGUCGGAGGUUCUAGUCUGUAUUAAAAAAGAAUGGAAAGAAAGGAAAAUCUGGUGGACACGACGGGAUUAG